UUUGUUGUUGAGGAGAUAUCAUUAAUCAUCCAUAAUCUUCAAACGAAACGCUUAUAGAUUAGAAGAAUUAUCAAUCGUGUAUUCCAACGUAUAAAUAAGAAAUACUCCGAGCUUCGAUUUUCUGAUUGCUAAAACCCCAAAAUUGAGUAUUUUUAAAUGAUGCAUUCAAAGAAUUCUCGUUUCUAGUCAUCCGAGAUAUUUCGGUUAUAUAUAUUCCAUUCUUUCUGUAGCUGCUCUUGCCACUUUACGCCCAUUCGCCAUACAGAUAAAAUUUUACAUUUUAAUCGUGCCUUCCAAAGCUUUUGCCAUUUUCAAUUAUCAAAAUAACUGAAAUAAAAAACGCUCCGUCAUGGAUGCAAAAUCGCGUUACGGGAACUUCCCCUUGACGGAACUUUGUCUUAAUCGUCCUAGUCCUUCAACCUGGUUAUACAAGGAGGGGACCCUGCUAAAAGGCGGGUUAGCCAACGGACAAACUUUUGACGGGCGGUCCGAACUCGAGAAAAAUUUGGCGCAAACAAAACGGAACGGCUACCGGGAAAUUCCCGUUUUCUUAGAAAAACGGACAAAGAAUAACCCAAUUUUUUUGGAAAAUCAAAUUAUGGGUAGUUAUAAGCCCGUUCCUCGUAACACCGACUCUCACAAUGCUGGUUCGAUUAUUAUAGAAACCGAGAAAGAUAAGGGCCGCGGUUACAAACUAGUGGGCGUCGUUGAACCAAUGAGAGUUAAAGAUAGAUCUUUUAGCCCGGAUAUUGUCAGUAAUGGCAAAAUAUUUCAACCAAAUCACUUCACUCAUCAUACCGACUUGAAGGGGGACGUAUGCGAUAACCUUGAAGGGGAAAAUUAUCCGCCCCCUCCACCCAGGCGCAGAAUGUCCAUAUCUUGCAUGGGGAAGGACCUUUUCAAAGAUGGCUACGUCACGCGUGAUUUCCAUCAAAACGGUAAUAUGUUAGGGAAUUUUUUCCCGCGGAAUCUCGAGACCCUACUGACCAAACCCUCGCAUGGCACUAUCGAUAGAAAAGAUAGAGAUUUUUACAAGCAAUUUAGUUCACCUUCGGCUUACAGCCAUGUUACAGAUGUCAAUGAUACCAUGAUAUGCGAUAUGAAUCGCAGUAUAAGCAUACCCGUACAAUACGUCAAUUCGAGGGAUUCGUAUUUCCCGCGCUCCCUGACUCGCCCGAUUAAAAAAACUUUCGACAAAUUAAUGGGUUAUAACGGUGAUACGACUAAAAUUAACCACCCUAGGCCGCUGCCCUCUCAAAGUUUUUCGAACACUCCUCUGUACCGCCAUAAUAAUAAUUUCGAAAAAUUUCAAUCGACCAAUCCUACCUCGCGGCCACUUGUCCCUCCAAAUAAUUCCAGUUUUCCUUAUUCGAAACCCAUUUCUCAAACAUCAAAGACCCCUUAUUGUCAUUAUCCUAGCUUGUCAAUAUCUAGCCAUUUAAAUAAUUCAUCUAGCCCUAAAAUUCACGCGGAAUCAGAGAUAGCCGGAGUCGUAGAAGAAGACGAUUUUGCCACUCUUCUCGCCAAGAUUAAAUCUCUCUGCAAAAACUCUCAAUCGCCUAUUUCUACCACUUCUACAAAUACCACUGAUGACUUAAACCCGUCUUCUAAGGUCUUCGAAAUCGGAAAUAACCCUAGGCCCACCGUUCUAGACCGGGUCGAGGCACUGGAGAAAGUUAUAGCCAUGCCACCCUCAGCCCCAUCUAGCCCCACCCUGAGCCAAAGGUGUAGACCCUCCUCUCUCAAAAGGUCUUCUUCUUUUCUUGUCACCUUACCGCGUUCCACCCCUAACGAUUCUAAUCAUAACUCCUCUUCUAACACGAGUAGUCGUAAAGAAGGUCAUAACAGCCGUAACUCCUACCCGGCCAAGGGCAUACUCAAGAAAACAGCACAUGGUAAUAACGGAAGUUUGCCAGCCGACAUAGACAAUUGUGAAACAAUUCUCAAGGACGCUCGAGGGAUGGAAUUAGAUUGGAAAGCGCGGAAACUCAACGACUCCCCCAUGCUUUACAAGCAGAGCCUAGCUUCACUGAAGAUGCUUUCUAACUGUCUUAACGAGUCUUUCGACAAAUUUAAUGAAGGAACUGUUCAAGGUAGUAUUAGAUCAGGCGGCAGAGAAAUCGUCAAUGGCUCGAAAAAUAAUAAUCCGAUCCGGCCAUUGGGAAGGACCAAAUCUGUCCGAUUUUCGGAUACCGUCAGCCGGCAGUUUUUCAAGCCCAACCCCCCGGAAAUAAAUAUCGAUAAGCAAGGAGAGGAUAUUAAAAUGUCGCAAAAUUUGAACGAGGAGCCAAAAGACGAAAGUAUCGAAGAAACGGAAAUGAGAAACUUGCACCGAUACGUGAUCCCUAGGCCAAGGAUAUCCAGCUUUCAAACCGGGACUCGAUAACCGAUUAAAUCAACGCCAUUUUUGAUAUCGAGUAUUCGAUAUUUAACGUUGGACCCGGCGUGAUCAUCGAGAUCAACCUUUAAAAAUAUCUUUCCCUUCAACCCACUUAUCCAUUCCCCCUCUUUUUUUUUUAUCUAACCAAAAAAAAUCAUAUAAAAAUCUCAUCUUGUCAACAAUCCUCAGGGAAUAUAUUUUUAUUUUUUUUUAUGGAAAUUUUUUUUAUACGAUAUAAUUUUUAAAAAAAUUACACCUUUGACUUUGACGUACACCUCACCCCCUUAAAUUAUUAAUUUUUCGAGUCCCCCCUUCUUUUUAUUUAUUUCUUUCUUCUCUUUAUUCUUUUUUAAAAUAUUUGUUUUUUUAAAUAAAAUAAACCAUGCAUUUAUUGCGUUUCGCGUCCAUUUUUUUAAAAAAUAAUAAUCAUCAGAGAUCAGAAUAUUUAAUCUAAUUUCUUAAAAUAUAAUUUUAUUAUCGAUACAAAAAUUUAAUAACUAGAGGUAUAGACUAGACGAAGAAAAGCAAAAAAAUUUGAAAUUUUGAUAAUGUAAUUUGUAAAUUUAUUUAUACAGAUGCGCGCACCGCUUUUCGCGGGAGUCUUGUUGAAUCGUCAUCGCGAACACUAUAGCAUUCCUUACGCGAAAAUACUUCA